AGACUCUUUUGACAAAGAUGUGUAUCAUUUGCCUCUCCGGACUGUGUGUCCGUUUUCUUCCAUGGCAUUUCGUGAUGUUGUUGUUUGUGUGUAGAUCGGCGCUCCGCUGUUAGUGAGCUGAGGCGCUGGAGAUGCUGAGAGUGACAAUGCCCGCCUCUAGAGCCGCUCCUGAAUACUGGAUCGAUGGAUCCAAGAAAGAGACGCUGGCGGACUUCUAUGAGCUGGAGUCUGAACUGGGACGGGGAGCCACAUCAGUGGUGUUCCGAUGCCGUCAGAAAGGCACCCAGAAGCACUAUGCUGCGAAAAUGCUGAAAAAAACAGUUGACAAGAAGAUUGUACGAACAGAGAUAGGUGUAUUACUGCGCCUCUCUCAUCCAAAUAUAAUCAAACUGAAGGAGAUCUUUGAGACCCCUGCGGAGAUUAGUCUCGUGUUAGAACUUGUUACCGGUGGAGAAUUAUUUGACAGGGUGGUGGAGAAGGGCUACUACAGUGAACGAGACGCUGCUGAUGCAGUUAAACAAGUGCUGGAGGCGGUCGCGUACCUGCAUGAGAAUGGUGUAGUGCACAGAGACCUGAAACCUGAGAACCUGCUGUACGCCACCUCAGCGCCAGAUGCUCCUCUCAAAAUAGCUGAUUUUGGUUUGUCGAAAAUUGUAGACGAUCAGGUAACAAUGAAGACUGUGUGUGGGACUCCAGGCUAUUGUGCUCCUGAGAUUUUGCGGGGAUGUGCCUAUGGCCCUGAGGUUGACAUGUGGUCUGUGGGAGUAAUCACGUACAUUUUGUUAUGUGGUUUUGAGCCCUUUUUUGAUGACAGAGGAGACCAGUACAUGUUUAAACGCAUCCUGAACUGUGAAUAUGAAUUUGUCUCCCCCUGGUGGGACAAUGUGUCUCUCAAUGCCAAGGACCUUGUGAAGAAGCUGAUUGUCCAGGAUCCAAAGAAACGGCUGACGACACAGCAGGCGCUGCAGCACCACUGGGUGACUGGAAAGGCUGUUAACUUCACCCAUAUGGACACGGCUCAGAAGAAACUCCAGGAGUUUAAUGCUCGAAGAAAACUCAAGGCAGCGGUCAAAGCGGUGGUAGCUUCAUCUCGAUUGGGCAGCGCAGGAAGCCACAGCAACCCAGACAGCAACAAAACCGACAGAAGCCCCUCCUCUAUCAAAGAGAAGACAGCAGAGGAUCAGCCAGGCACUGCACAGCCUCCGAUUCAGAAUGAAGGCUCUUAGAUCUCCACAGAGCCUCACUGGAACUCAAACUUCUUCCCUUCAUGAAAGGAACAAUGCUUUUUGCGGUGGGGCUCAUAAAGGAUAGAACCAAUGGGCUUUGUUUGCAUGCGGACUUGUUUGUCUAUAGAAACGUCCCAC